CCUGUGGGCUCUCUCGUUGCCGCGCGCCGCCCUUUUUUUGCCUCCGAUGAUUCCCGACAGGAAGCGUGACCGUCAUGCAAUAUCAGAGUGCUUUGCUGCACGCAGACCACUCCCACCGCUGCUGCUGGCCCUCCUCUUCUGUGCCACAUUGCGUAUGCUCUCUGCUGAUUAGUAAAUAAGCACGCUCACUAUACCGACUGUCUGGCGAUCGUGGCCGCCAGGAGGGGCAAGGCCAGACAGUGUUUUAUCUAGGGUAAGGUACCGGGCGCGUGCCCUGACGUCGCUCUCUUUGGUUCUGUUCCAGGGUUGAGAGAAUGGAUGAUUAAUGGCAAGGUCAGCCGGGCGUGGACCGGGACUGCUAGUUAAUAAAGAGAAGAGCAGAUCGAUCGUAUAUGUGGUGUGGUGUGUGGUGUGGUGUAAGUGCGUAAAUGUUUUGGAAAUGCGAGGCGUGCGUGUGCGUGCGCAUGCGUUAGGUUGCCUGCCUGCCUGUGUGCGUGCGUGUCAGUGGUUGCACGCAGCCAUUCGUUGCAGGCACGGGCGAGAACAAAAAAGCAACAAUGGAACCUACUCCGAACCCAAGCCGAGGUUAUGUCCGCAGGCCUGCAGCAAGGGGUGGAAGGCAGAAGCGGUCUAUUCUAGGGGUCACAGCCAGCUAGCUUCACACACAAAGAAACGAGCAACGAGCGACGAACGACGAACGACGGACGACGAACGACGAACGACGAGCUGGGACAGGAAGAAAACCCCACACCACCAACUCUCAGCCUCUCCACGCCAGUCGUCCCAGUUCCAGCGUGACGGGAGGGGAACAGGGAAAUACAGCGAACGCGGUCCGCAGCACAUAGCACUGCACGUACGUGGUGUAAAAUAUGUGAGCCAUAACGACGUCGGCCUUUGGACCAUCGACGUAAUGCUGCCACCUCCCCUCACCUGGGCACCUGGGCGUUGAUUGCUUGAAUUGCAUCUGGGCUGCUGAUCAAUGCAGCACAGAAGCGGGGAGCUGGACAGGGAACCAAGAGGUGAUCCCAAGGAUGCGACGGCUUGCUAAGGUUGGCGGCUCCACGUGAGGGGUCAGCUUGCUCUCAUGAC